AUGGCUGGUUAUAUUGGAAAACUUGACGCUUUUGACAGUGGGACGGAUGAUUGGACAAUGUAUUGUGAACGAAUGGAGCAGUAUUUCAAAGCCAACGAUAUUGGAAAUGAAAAGCGUGUGUCUGUGUUGUUGAGUGCAAUUGGAGGAAAAGCAUAUGCAUUGCUGAGAAGCCUCACUGCACCUGCAAAGCCUGCUGAUGUCAGCUUCGACAACAUUGUAAAAACGAUGCAAGACCAUCUAGCGCCGAAACCGCUGCUCAUAGCAGAACAAUUCAGAUUUCACAAGCGAAAUCAGAACGAAGGAGAGUCAAUCGCAGCGUACGUAGCUGAGCUGAAAAAGUUAUCUGAACACUGUCAGUUUGGGGAUGGACUGAAUGAUGCGCUGAGAGAUCGUCUAGUCUGUGGCAUUUUACAAGAGAGUAUUCAGAAGAGAUUGCUCACGGAGGCUGAUCUCACUUUCAAACGUGCAGUUGAAAUUGCAGUAGCCAUGGAAACAGCUGCCAGAGACGCGGUGGAGUUGCGGUCAGGAGUAAAAAUGUCGGUGAACAAAAUGUUUGCACAGUGUUUCAACCAGGCAUGGGAACGUCCUGUUCCUUAUGCUAUUCGCCAGAAAGUCGAAAUUGAGCUGGAUCGAUUGGAAGCUGAAGGAAUACUAUCCAAGGUUGACUGGAGUCCCUGGGCAACUCCAGUUGUUCCUGUAUCCAAGAAGGACGGAAGUGUAAGACUUUGUGGAGAUUUCAAGGUGUCUGUCAACCCCGAACUGCAUGUAGAACAAUAUCCACUACCAAGAAUAGAGGAUAUCUUUGCCACACUUUCUGGUGGUAGACACUUCAGCAAAAUCGACCUGGCGGAAGCAUAUUUACAGAUGGAAAUGGAGGAAGACUCAAAAGUGCUUCUGACUAUUAACACCCAUAAGGGAUUGUAUCGCUAUAACAGGCUGGUUUUUGGCAUUGCCUCAGCGCCCGCUUUAUGGCAGAGGGCUAUGGAUCAAGUGCUUCAAGGCUGCCCUGGUACUCAAUGUUACCUCGACGACAUCAUCGUUACAGGUGAAAAUGACAGUAGACAUUUGGAGAACUUGGCACGUGUGUUAAGGAGACUGGAAGAUUUUGGGCUACGAGCAAGACGUGACAAAUGUGAGUUCUUUAAGAGCAGCAUCACAUACUGUGGACAUCACAUCGAUGCAAAUGGCCUACAUAAGUGUCCUGACAAGUUGAGAGCCAUAGCAGAGGCUCCACCACCCAAAGAUGUCUCACAGUUGAGGUCAUUCCUGGGAUUUGUCAAUUACUACAACAGGUUUUUGCCAAAUCUAGCCACUGUUCUCCAUCCCCUUAAUGCCCUGUUGCAAGCAGGAAAGAAAUGGAUGUGGACAAAGCAGUGUACGGAAGCUUUUCGGGAAGCAAAGCGACUGGUGAUGUCAGACACAGUAUUGACUCAUUUUGACCCCCAUAAACCAUUGAAAGUGGCAUGUGACGCCUCACCGUAUGGCAUCGGUGCAGUGUUGUCCCAUGUGAUGAGUGAUGGGACCGAACGACCUAUAGCCUUCGCUUCACGUUCUCUCAGCGCUGCGGAGAAGAACUAUGCUCAGAUUGAUAGGGAGGCGCUGAGCUUGGUCUGGGGGGUUAAACGAUUCAAUCAGUAUCUGUAUGGGAACGAGUUUACCUUGGUCACUGACCAUCAGCCUCUGGUUUCAAUAUUCAGUCCACAGAAGGGAGUUCCACUGACAGCUGCAGCACGGAUGCAGAGGUGGGCUUUGUUCCUAGGAGGACACAGAUACCGGAUUGAAUUCAAAAGAACGCAUAGACAUGCAAAUGCAGAUGGACUUUCACGCCCGCCAUUAGACCUUACUAGCACAGAGCCAGUGAAAGAAAGCAUAUCUUUGGAUGUUUUUACACUUGCGCAAUUGGAGGGCUCCCCUGUUAUAGCUGAAAUGGUUCAGAGAGAAACCAGGAGGGAUCCCACAUUGUCUCAGGUAUACGCAGCUACACAAAAUGGCUGGAACGCAGAAGCAAAGAGCCGGUUCGCACAGUACUAUCAGCGCCGUGACGAACUGGCUUUGGAUGGAGGUUGCAUCAUAUGGGGUUUAAGAGUCGUCAUACCUGCUAAGUUGCGAAAUCGAGUCUUGGAGGAGCUUCAUGUCGGACACUUAGGAGUAGUCAAGAUGAAGUCACUUGCAAGAAGCUUUGUAUGGUGGCCAGGAAUAGAUCAGCAGAUCGAGCAGCUUGCCAUGCAUUGCUCAGGAUGUCAGCAUGUUCAAAAGAUGCCAAAAGCAGCCCCAUUACACCCUUGGGAAUGGCCCGCUUUGCCGUGGCAAAGGAUACAUGUUGAUUUUGCGGGACCCUUCAUGGGCACUACAUUUCUCGUUGUUGUUGAUGCAUGUUCGAAGUGGCCUGAAGUGUUCAGUAUGACCUCCACAACUGCUUCUCAAACGGUGACAGUACUGAGAGAACUCUUUGCAAGGACUGGUGUACCUGAACAGCUAGUGAGCGACAACGGGCCCCAGUUUGUAUCUGCAGAGUUUCAAAUCUUCCUCAAGAACAACGAGAUCAAGCAUUUGACCUCAGCGCCAUACCACCCUGCUACAAAUGGCUUAGCUGAGAGAUUUGUGCAAAGCUUAAAGAAUGCUCUGCGCGCCAUGACAAAUGAAAAAAUGACACUAAAUCAAAAAUUGCAAAAUUUCCUGUUUGCGUAUCGAAACGCAGCCCAUGCUACCACGAAUCGAACCCCUGCCAUGUUGUUCCUGGGAAGACCCUUACGCUCUAGGCUGGAUUUGUUGAAACCAAAUCUGAAAAGAACCAUACAGGACAAAGAAUUGAAACAAUUGCAAGGAGGAGGAAAAACACGCGAGUUGGAAGUGGGGGAUAAUGUGCUUGCUAGGGAUUACAGAGGAGAUCACAAGUGGAUGCCUGCAAGAGUCAAAGAAAGAACAGGUCCACUCUCGUAUACAGUGGAGGUUGCUCCCGACAUCCUCUGGAGACGGCAUAUUGAUCAGCUGAGAAGCUCAAAUGUUCCUCUGGAGAGUGUUCCAGUGAAUGUUCCAUCUACACCUACUGUCCCUGCUACCAAUGGAAGUGAAACGGCCCUACCAUCAGAUGGCACAGUAACUCCCUGUAAAGCGCCACAGUCACCUGUUCCUAUCUGCGAAGAGAGACGUUACUCUACCCGUGUACGGAAACCUCCAAACCGUCUGAAUUUAUAAGAAAGAUUUAAAUGAAACAAUAGUUAUUUGAUUGUUACAUUUAUUUUUGUAAAAGAGGAAAAAAAAAAGUUGCCAUGUUUAUUUGUAAGGAAAUUGUUUGUGUGAGACUUCCUUAUUUAGAGGGGAGGAAAUGUAGUGUAUUGGAUAGAACUCAGGAAUAUAUAUUAGUUGGCCACUCUUUGUAUUGAUACUGAGUUAGUGUUUUGUUGGCCAUCCUUUUUUCUCGUAAGUCUCCGGCUUCAUUACUGCAGACAGUUCAGUAAAGAAAAAUAAGAAGAAAUGCCCGCCCGUGUUUAGACUCUUUAUUGAGUUUUUAUCACGCACAACAGUUCACUUCCUGUGUAUGUGCGAGACACAUGAGCCUGUGCCCAAUGUAGACUCAGAUUCCUGUUCUUGGCUGACAGAAGAGGGGAACCCGACAUGGUCUUCUGCUGUUGUAGCCCAUCUGCCUCAAGUUUCAUUGUGUCCUGCAUCUUGAGAUGCUUUUCUGCUGUUCUCGUUUGUAAAGAGAGGUUAUUUGAUUGUUUUAAUUGUUUUUCACACCAUUCUGUGUAAACUCUACUGACUGAUGUGUGUGAAAAUCCCAGAAGAUUUCUGAAAUACUCAAACCAGCCCAUCUGGCACCAACAACCAUACCACAUUCAAAAUCACUGAGAUCACACUUUCCCCAUUCUGAUGUUGGAUGUGAACAUUAACUGAAGCUCUUGACCUGCAUCUGCAUGAUUUGAUAAAUUGAC